GAGUUUGUUUGGCGUUGAAUAAGCAGCGUAGAGGUGGUGGGAGUGUGUGGAGGGAGGAGUGGGGUGUGUGUUAGUGUGAGAGAGCAGCGGCUGGCCAGCGAGGGGGACCCGAGUGGCAUCCCCGUGUCUGUGUCCACGGUUUUUGACCUCCUCGCUCCUCCUCGCCUACCCACUUUGUUCUUCACUCCAUAGUAAGUGACCAGCAAGAUGGAUUGAUGAAGACCAAGACGGAUAGAGGAGGUAUGCCUGGGUGUCAUGGAGCUGACAGACUGCCCAAGCCUGACUGGCAUCUGGUGAGAGAGAACCAAUGCUGUGUGACAUCAAGAGAGGUAGAGGUCAAGAUGGCACAGGACUCUGCCAUGUCCCUGAAGGAGGUCACCCACAAGACCACAGCUGCAGUCACCACCACUACUGGCAGGAAGCCGUGGGAGAAGCAGUGCAGGGAUGGUGGUGACCAAGACUCCCCUUGCUCCUUUGUUGGGUUUGAGCUUGACUCCAGGUCAGCCAAACUCUUCAGUGACUUGAAGCAAAUCUUGAUGAAGAACAACAACAUCAAGGUGAAGGAAGUGAGUGGCCUGAAUGGAGUGAUAAGGAAAGGGGAGAGUACAAGACCCCCUCUGAGUACUGAUGGCAGUGUGGAAUCAGAAAACCUCCAUAACCUUAAGAAAGUGUUGAAAGAAGAGAAAAACUGUGAGUAUGGUGUGAAAAAGAAAGACAAUCUUGUGAACAUUGAAAAGAUAGCCCUGCACGACAAGACAUGUAGCGCGGUGGAGGAUGUGUGCUUUGUGGGCCUGGAAGGUGACGGCCUCAGUGAUGACGAUGAUGAGAACUCCACAGACAUCAUCAUCAUCAAGGAAAUUGUGCAUGACGACUCUCCUCUUGUUGCAUCAGGCAUGCAGCAGAACAUUGACCUGGUGCAGCCCAACAGAGAGAGAGUGAAGGAGGCAGACUUGGUGGCCCCGUACCAGUGUGUGGACCACAAGGAACCCUCCCCCUUGGUGGUGGAGCUCAAGCCAGGGAACUAUGCUGUGGACCCUGAGGUGGAGGUGAUGCAGGAGAGCCAGUACCACCUGUAUGCAGCUCCGGAAAUCAUAGAGGAGGUGGUUACGGUGGAGGACAUGGAGGGUGUGGAGGAGGUAGCCCCAAUCUCCAGCACCUUCUCCACCCCUGUGUCCUCCGUCAUCCUGGACCACUCCUACAGCUCACCUCCUCCACCCUGGCUGCUCCAGACUCUCAGCCAGUCACUGCAGAGUUACACAGAGGGAACGUUGUGCAGCCCAGGCAGUGCAUUGCCACAAUACAGUGAUGGCAGUGAAUGUGAAACUGAGAGUGCCACGUCAGAAAUGAUGAAUGGUGUGUUUGCUUGCCAGAGUGGUGAUGAAGUGAGUGUUGGGCUGACUGAUGCUGCCGCUGCCCUCAGUAGUGUUCCGUACUGCUCAGUGGUGACCAGAGUCUUGCCUCUCUCUGAUGGUGACGGAGGUGAGGUGAGCAGUGCCAUCACUACACAUGAUGCUGUUGUUCACCACUCACAGCUCAGAGAUGGUGAUGGCAUCAAUGUUCCCACGAGUAACAUGGCUUCCCCUCACCCAUGCAUCACCACAAGCCACAUUUCAAGUGAACCAGGGGAGCCUCAUCAAGAUGAAUGUGUUGGUGAUAGAGCAGUGAGCACCUGCUUCCUUGGAAGAGUUAAGGAAAGCCUCAUUAACACCCCUACCUCACAGCCAGAAGGGAAACCUGCUCAGGAAACCUAUCAAAGCCACACAUUAGAUUCACCUGAAGACAGUUUUUGUAACAAAAACUCCAAGAUUCCUCAAAUGUCAGAAAUGAAUGUUGAAAAUGAUGCCGGUGAGGAGAUAGGCAGCGGUGAUAAUGAAGGGAGCCAGAGGGCGGGGAGUCAGGAGAGGAUGAUGAUCAGGUCCUCAAUACAGCUCAGGAAAAGGAAGAUAUACAAGCUGAUCCAAGUGCCACAGAGGGAAUCCAUCAACUAUGACAAGAUCUCUGACAUUGACACGUACUAUACAAACGACAGCACUUCCUUCGAGGACGACUUGCCAACCAGCACAGAGAAGAAGGAGAUUGAGAAACCACCAGACCUUUUCCCCAGCAGUAAGGCAGAGAAGAGGGCAGCCACCAAGAUCUGGCAGGUGCUUGUGUCCCAGCUGGAGGACUGUGUGAGGGGCAUCACCACCCUGCCUCCCGCUGUCUCUGUUCACACCAAGAAGCGCAAGAGAAGCCUCAGUGCAAGGAAGGGGAAGGGAAGCGUGCCCCUCCAGGUGCCGAGGAAAGGUGACAGUCGUAAUGAUGGUGUCGGUGCCUCGCAAGAUUCACGGACAAGCCAGUGUGUGAAAGUAAAGGAAGAGAUGGAUCAAGCCACACAAUCAUGUUUUGAGAGUAGAGGUGCAGCGAGUAAAAGGAAGUGUGUGUGUUUCUGCCGGUACAACACAGUGUUGCCGCUGGCUUCCCGGAGGACUUGCUGUGGGAGGAGAAGAGUUCAGUCUGGCUGCCGGCGGAGCAGUCGCACCAUCAGGAGGGAGACCGUGGCCUUCCCGACGGACCAGAAGACCUUCUUCCAAAGCCUUGGACUGAUGGAAAAGAGUCUGUACGAGAAGGACGUAUUUUAUGAGUCCCUGGUGACCCACAGGACGCGGAAUGUGCGAGCCAAUCAGAUCAAGGGAAAAGAUCACUAUAGGAUGUUCUUAGACAAUCUACGUGGUGACGGAUUAGAUCAGAGUAGUGACAAGCUCAAGCAACCUUUCCCUCUAACAUUCAUUACCAAACAAAACUUGUGCAAACUGUCAACAAGAAGCAAGGCCAUGAACAAAGGCAGUAAUCUCCCGUGGCUGCCAGACGGAUGUGCCGCUGAGCAUAACUUUGAAGGUUUCUGUGAUGCUGCUGGCAGUCAGCGCCGCAGCACAGGUGAUUCCCCUAUGGGACAGAAGUUUGAGUUUGAGCCAUCAUUGAGUCUGGGUGACAUGGGCAGCAGCAAUGUCAGUAAGUCAGAAACAUUACCUUCCGUGCCAUUCUGCUGCACUGACACCAAUGACAACUUUACUGAAAACUGCAUCAUGCCAAAGACACAGCAAGACUUGCUGCCAGAACUCAGCAAGACUUCUGUUGACCUGGAGGAGUGUCCUGUGUGUGAGAAGUCCAGUAAUGGAACAUGUCCCCUGGGUCACAAAGUCCAAAUGGAUUCCUUAAGUAGCAGAGUGCUUGAGGAGAAGGGUCACAGUAGUCUGGUCAUGAUGGAGGAAGAGUCUUUGCACCCUAGUCAGGUGGAGGAGGGGGUCCCAGCACUGGUAGUAAAGGAGCAUGACAAAGGUGGCUGUGAGGAUGCACUGCCAGACUCGUGGUCAGACUGCACGAUGGAGGGAGUGACUGAAGACUCACCAGCUCAGCCCAGCACAGGUGAACACUCUGUCCUCACACCAGACACCAUGGAGGUGGAUGAGUAUGACAGUGAUAGUUGCAAAAGCUCCUUGCCAGAUUUGAUGGCAAUAGGGACAGAAAAAGUCCCUGGGGUCUGCAGUAUGUUCCUGGCAGCAGCAGCAUCCCCCCCCAGUGAUGGCACCUCUGUGGGGUCUGUGAGUGAGCUUCUGAAGAGUCUUCAUCCACUGUUCCAUGAUGAAAGUAAAGAGUGUGACUUCCUGGGCUUUGAUGAGGAGCCACACUGCCACAGGCUCAAAACAUCACCACAGUUGGGAGCAAAGAUAAAUGCAACUCAUGGUCCUGGAAAUGUUCACAGCAGAGAUGUAUGUGGCGGGAGAUCCAAGCUGAGACAGUUCGUGACAGUGUUGGAUGGACAGUGUGGCAGUGUGGAUGUCAGUGAGGAAAUGGAGGAGCUGAGCUGUUAUGCUGCCACACCAAAGGCAGACAUGCUGUCAAGGACAGACACCAGUGAGCAUGGCAUGGAGUCUGAGGCUGAGGCUGUGAUGUCCCUGCCAACUAAAAGAGUGGAGGCAAUGAAAGAUCCUUCCUCACCCACAUCCAAGUCUCCCUCAAAGAAUGAAAGGACAUCAAAACUGGGCGAGUUUGACCUGACCAGAAAUUGCCGAGUGAACCUGACCAAACUGAAGAUCCCCAAGGGAGCGCUAGCGCUGGAGAGGGUGAAGGUUGACGUCAGGGACAGCAAUGUCAGCCCGCUGUUCUCCAGUCACUUAUCUCCUGAGAAAUUAAUCAAAACACCUGGAAAACCUGACUCUGAAAGUUGCAUUUCUCUCACAAGAUUCUCUAAGAGACAAAAUGUCAAGAAAAUAAAGUACUCUGAGCUACUAAAGCCAAACAUGAGGAGAUCCCUGAAUGGUAUGCACAGGACAGAGAAGCAAAGCCCACCAUGUGGCAGCAAACACUCUAGGAGCAUCUCUGAUGGAGUGCUGUUCAGGUGCUGCACCUGCUUGGCAACAUUCAGAAGCAAAGGUGCUCUCACCGGCCACCUCCAGACUCAUGAGAAGAAGGAAUUCACCUGCACAGAGUGUGGCCUCAACUUCCAGGAAGAGGUGCUGCUGCACUCCCACAGGAGGCUACACACCACUGCACGGGAAGCUGUCCUGUGUGAAAAGUGUGGAGAGAGUUUUUCUCAGCUGGAAGACUUGAGAAAUCACGUUAAGAAUCAUUUAUCCCCCAAAUCUUCAAAGUGUAAAAUGUGUAACCAAACUUGUAAAUGCCAGUUAGCCUCAAACGAGUCUCUCGACUUGCACCUAAAGGAGUGCAAGAACAGGUGUGUGGAGUGUAGCGGAACAUUUGUGGUAUCCCCCAGCCUCAAGCGAAACACUCGGACCCACGACCGGGGGAAACCACACCAAUGUGCCCUGUGUAGUGAUGACACCCCCCAUGACAACUGAUGGGGCCAGGCACAGCUGAGGGAAGCCCUGCCAGUGCUCUGUGUGGUGUAGGCCAUGCCCCUUAUGGUAGCUGAUGUGGCAAAGGAGUGCUAAAGGUUUUUAAUGAGAAUUACUGUGUACUAUUUUCCCUUGCUGACAUAAUGGCAACUUUUGUGUUUUAUUUUACUGGUAAAAGUAAAAAGGUGUGUCUGAGUAAGCAGAACACUGAGUGGUGAGUGUUGGCCUCAGCGUCCACGGUGUGUUGUGUCGUGGGCCCUUCACUUGCCCUCCUCUUCUCCGUGGAAUGACCGCCAGUUUUAGUUCACCAGACUCUGUUUGAUCCUUUUAUUUCCAGCAGGAAACAAAGCAUUGUUGGUUUGCAAACUGGAAACAAGGUUAUGUAUAUUCAUGACUGAUGUUGAUGAUAGCUUUCAGUUUUGUUAAAGAAUUUCGAUCAGUUUAAUAACACCUGUAAAUUUUCAAUAUCAAGUGAGACACAGUGGCUAGGAAGUAUUAAGUAAUGAAGGCUUUGCAUCUGCCGUGAGCUUGUCCAUUUGGUGGAAUUUUGAUAAGGCACACAAACUUGUGAUGUAAAUCAUGCUUGUAUAUAUUAUGUGUUGGUGUACAGCUGCUUCAGACACCAGUGAAUAUUUGGCAACAUUUGCCCUUACUUGUGAUGUUCUCCGAGGAAUGAACUAGUCACACACACACACUGUUCAUGGCUGACAGAAAUGUUGUCACUCAGAUGACUGAACACAAGGAUGACUGGGUUUUGUUAGGCUCGCUCUGCACUGAGCUUGUGUGUGACAUGUGGGUGGUGACUCCUCUCUGGACAUGUCCCGUCGUGUUGAAAUGUGCAUAUCUGUGGUGUGUGAAGAUCUGUCAGCUUCUGUGUGUUUUGUUGCCAUCCCAGUGUGAGGUACUGUGUGUGUGGCAGACCCAGACGUGUCACCAGUGUCUCAUGGUACAAAGGUGUGGAGGAGGAAACGUUCUUGAUCACUGCCAUGUGUUGAGGUCUUCCAAGACACACUUCAGGACUCUAUUGCAUCUGAGAAUGAACACCAGUAUACUAGCUGCUUGUCAGACCAAUCACUAGCAUCAAAUAGUUUCCUUAACCCACAUAAUUUUUGUUGAUAUAUGAUAGAAAUGAAAUACCAGAUGCUUCAUAGUUAGUGCUGCUUUAAUUAUGGUCUUCUUGAGUCAGUUGGCAUGUCAGCAGUGCCUUGUUUACGAUGGUCCCUGUGGGUGGUGAGAUGCACAGGCAGUCACCAGAUGCAGGGACACACAGGACAGUACAAGCACAGGGCACAGCACAGGCCUCCUAUACAGCUGACUGGAGAAGACUGUAAUCCAUCACUGCAGUACAAACUAUUUUGGUAAUGCUGCCACAUAUAAAACCAGAGUGAAGAGUAGGUCAGUGUUGGCAUGAGGUGUGUGUCAGAAAAUUGAAGAAUGUAAGAAAACAAGGGAAGCUACAAGAAGCCAUGAGGCAAACACGUGGCAGUCCUUGUAUGAAACAUGUUAGACUACCACUGACAUUGUUUGAAGUGUAGACACCCAAGAUGGACUGACAUGGCAGGAACUGAAGACAAAAAGUAUUGAACCUACUCUCUCUGUGUUUGUAUUCUUGCUGGGAAUACAAAUUACUCUCAGGCCAUGUUAGGUGGUGGUUGAAUGUGUGUGUGUGUGUGUAUGUGUGUGUGUGUGUGUGUGUGUGUGUGUGUGUGUGUGUGUGUGUGUGUGUGUGUGUGUGUGUGUGUGUGUGUGUGUCAAGGCAAUGUUCUAAAGUGUAGUGCAAAUCAUUACUACACUACCUGCCCUGAUACUGACUACCAUUGAUGUACUGAAGGAGUGAUGUGUACAGUGAAUGAGGGCAAUAAUGCGUGAGCGAGAUAAUGAGGUAAUACAGCAGCUAAUGUCAUUAUUACAAUACAUUUUUAGUGUUUCCUCAAUGUACAGUCAUACCACAUUGAUCUUAGGAAGUCUAGGGCAUAUUAUGGUCUUGUAUAGAAUUUCUGGACAUUCGUUUCUUAUGGUAGCAGUAGUAUAGCAUUGUAUGUCUGAAGUACAAAGCAAGGAUAUUUCAGAAGUCUUUGUGAAAUUAUACCCAUCUAUUGGAUUUUGUAAAGUGAUUAGGAUCAACGUUAUGUUGUACUAUUCCCCCAUUUGUCUUUAUUUAUUAUGAAAUACACUGAGAAAUACUGA